AUGCCCCGCGGCGGCUUCUCGGGGUCCCUCAGGUCGCCCAAGAUCGACGUCGUCAUCGACUUGGGGAACCCCUUCCUCAACCGCACCGUCGACGGCUUCCUCAAGAUCGGCGCCGUCGGCGCCUGCAAGGUGGCCGCCGAAGAGACCUUCGAGUGCCUCCACAGGGGGGAUGUUUCAAAGCACAGGAUUGAGCAUGCCCUGAAGAAGAUGUGCCAGGAGGGUGCAUAUUGGGGUACCGUUGCUGGAGUUUAUGUGGGCAUGGUGUAUGGUGUGGAAAGGGUCCGUGGUCGCAGCGACUGGAAGAAUGCGAUGAUCGGAGGCGCCUUAUCUGGUGCCCUCAUCUCCGGCGCCAGCAACAACCACAGAAACAAGAUCAUCAAGGAUGCCAUUACUGCCAGCGCGGUCGCAACAGCCGUGGAGUUCAUCAACUGCCUUACCUAG